AAUGAAUUCGUGGCUAAGGGAAAUAACAUCGCGAAAAUUUCGAUAAAAUUUUAAUUAAUGUUAGUAAUAUCACAGUUAAUACUUAAAACAUAAGGAAAAAUGGGGAUUGCUGUAACGAAAUAUUCGGACAUAUCAACGAAUGAAUUGGUAGCAAGAUUCUGUUCUAAUGAGAUAAUAUGUCCCAAUGACCCAUUUUGGAAUCAACUUCUCGCUUUUAAUAUACAGAUACCAACCAAUGUCGAGGAACAGCUGAUGUUAGAUUCUAGUGCAGAAUCUUUACUACAGAAAUUCUUACAAAAUAAUCCACAGACAGGCAAUCUGGGCUCUCUAGUACAGGUUUUUAUAACACGAGCAACGGAACUUUUAGCAGCACCAAAUUCGGACAAUGUAAUGUUAGCUUGGCAAAGUUAUAACGCUCUGUUCGUGAUACGGGCGGUUACUAAGUAUUUGGUGGAGCUGGUACCAGAAUAUGAACUCUGCAAACAUUUGGACGUGCAAGGGAGGACUUUGAAUUCCCCCACUCCACAAGAACAGUCACCAUCAUCGUCUCCAACACAAGAAACCAGCUCGCCAGACCUGCAGACAACCAAAGCCGUUAACGGGGAGAGCCGAGUUGAGAUGCUCAUUGAUGCCCUGAUCGGAUUAAUCAUUGAUGUGCCAAUAACCGACAACACUUACUACCUGCACCUGGAAUGCCUGAACACGCUGCUGGUGCUGAUGUCGGUGUACAUGUUCGCCGGCGUGCACGGACAGACGCAGCUCGUUGAAACGUCCUUGAUAUUCAGAACUCUUUUCCAAGGCAGAUAUAGCAUGCAUGCCCCUUUACUAGUGAAGACUCUACUGACAAAUCUUUCAGUGAUGUUGCCGGCCCCCCCACAGUUCGGGGCCCAGGGGCCCGGGAGCUUGUUGAUCAAUAUAGCGUCCAGCUUAUGGAGCAUGCUAACGUUCAGCCCGACCGCUCGCCAGACGAUAUACACGAACCCCCCCCUGGACAGGCACGAGCUGCUGGACCGUCUGAAGAAGGAGCACCCGGUGGCGAACCAGUCGUGUCUCCUGCUGCUGGCGCUCGCCAACCACUGCAUCCACGAGGAUAACUUGUAUCGAGUCGCUCUGCUGCACUGUGAAGACACAUCCGACACAUCAUCGACCACACCACACCGGGACACAAACGGCAGCGUCACUCAAGUAACUCCUCCUCGGAUAGACUUGGCCGCUCUCCACAAAGCCCUGUGCGCGACGGCGGGCUGCGAACAUUCCACCCUGCUGCUGUACCUGAUGCUGCACUCGUGUAAGGCGUACAAGCGCCAGGUCAGCAACGGACCGAAUAUUGAAAAUUUGUUAGUUCCGAUCCUGCAAGUGCUGUACAACGCCCCGGACAGCACCUCCCACCACAUUUACAUGUCGCUGAUAGUGCUCCUGAUAUUGACCGAGGACGACUCGUUGAUUAAAAACGUGCACCUAAUCAUGCUGAAGAACAUCCCGUGGUACACGGAGCGCUCCAUCUCCGAGAUCUCGCUGGGCGGGCUGGCCGUGCUGGUGGUGGUGCGCGCGCUGCAGUACAACAUGGCGCGCGUGCGCGACAAGUACCUGCACACCAACUGCCUGGCCGCCAUCGCCAACAUGAGCUGUGAAUUCAGGAACCUCCACCCGUACGUCGCCCAACGUCUCGUGUCGCUGUUCGAGACGUUGACGAAGCGGAGGGCGAGGCUGUGUACCGAGAUAGAGGGAGGUGAUAUAAAUAGUAUAGAAUUGCCACAUCACGCAGAAGAAAAAACAGAAGAAAUUAUGGAACACAUAGCAGUCCUGGAUGAAGUUCUAAGGAUGCUCCUCGAAAUAAUCAACUCGUGUCUCACGCAUCAGCUUUCGAACAAUCUGAACUUAGUGUACGCUCUGCUUCACAAACGGCAGCUGUUCCAGCAGCACGCUCAUCAUCACAUCGCGCAGAACAUUGAAAUGGUGAUUGGUUAUUUCUCGACUCGACUACAGAGGGUGCAAGAGGGUGCGGGUAGUGACCUCGGAGUGACGGAAGUGUUACAGUGCAUUAAGAAGGGAGCGGAGCAGUGGUCCAGUGAUAGGCUUAAGAAAUUCCCCGACCUGAAGUUCCGCUACGUGGAGGAGGACCGGCCCGAGGAGUUCUUCACGCCGUACGUGUGGGCGCUGGUGGCGGCGUGCGGCGGCGUGUACUGGGCCAGCGAGCGCGCCGACCUGCUCGCGUGAUGGCGGCCCAUCCGGCUGCAGAGGACCGGCCCUCGACCGUAGCUCCUAUACUUAUCGUUUCGAUAUAUGUUUUUAUUCUAGCUCGUAUUCAAGUGGAUAUUUAUAAUCUUGUCCAGUUUGCGCGCUGUGGGAAUGGGAAUCACGAAUUAAGAAGCGAUAGCAAAUGAAUUCUGAAAAUAAUUUUCCAACUCUAAAUAACAUUUUAAGAGAUUAUGUCUGUAGAUAUUUAUGUAGGUGUUUGUAUGUAUUUAUUUUAAAAUUUGGGAUAGACUUGUGAAUAAUUUACCUUUCUUUCUAUUUAUUAAUGUGCUGUAAUGAUAUCAUUAUCAAUAAUUUAAUUGUACAAUCGUGAAUCGAUUAAAUAACGCAUCAGGAAAUCUCAAGCAAGAUGUCUACACCAAGAAACAAGCAUUGAUAUACAUACGUAUAUUCUACGUCAGACAAUUAUAAGCUAUUUAAUUUCAGCAUCACACAUUAUUUAGGAUUUUCACCACUUAUUAGCGCCGCUCCGUGCACGUCCACGCAUAAAUACUGAUAAAACAACACUAAAGUCAGGUGUACGGACAACAGUACAGUUCACUCGAAAAUUUAUUGUUCAAUCUAACGCUAGUACUAAGUUAGAACGCGUGCAUCUUAACCGAUGAUUUCGGGUUCAAAGCAGCGUGGUGGAAUAUGCUCCAAAACUUCUCCUCAAAGGGAGAGGAGGCCUUAGCCCAGCAGUGGAAAAUGUACAGGCUGCUAAAAUUAACUCACAAUGACAUGACAUCGAGCAUCGACGCGAGUUUGCCGACGUCACCGACGACACGCUGGCCGCGGACCGCAAGCGUCUCAGUUCCGAAAGACCCAUAUCCCAUUCUCAUCGCGCGGGACUCAUAAUACCGAUACCUCUGGUGUUCUUUGUUUAAUUGAACCGUAUUAAUUAUAUUGGAAUAGUUUUUUUAAUUAUAAUAAUUGGUGUAAACUUUGUGCAUCGGAGGUAUUUAUAUACGGAUGUCAUGAGAUAUGACAUAUUUAAACACAGUCAGACACUGGUCUCUCCAGAAGUAAAUGUAUAAAUAAUUCAAUUUGAACUGAAAAAAAUAAUAUUUUAUUUAUUUAUUAAUCCUUAUUAAUUAUACUUAGUGAUAAGAACAACAGAUUGUCUUUGUUUUUUUUUGUCCAGUGACGUAGAUUUUCUAGAAAGAAUGUCUACUCUUUACAAUGAAUUAUAUAUAUCUUGUAAUUGUUUAGUACCCGUAAUGAUUAUAAUUAUGAUGAUUUAUAUGUCUAGAUAAAGUGAUUUAUAAAAGAACUAACACAAAUGGGCCGACUUUAUUAUUGUACGCACACAUAGGCGUUAGUAAGCUAUCCUUGAGUCUCGUCUAUCUUAACUUCAUUCUAUUAUAUUAGUGUGCGUGUACUUAGUGUCCAACUGUUGGCUACUAUUUGUUUCGACGUGUUCUCAGCUUUGACAGUCUAUCUAGACAUAUAUAUAAUAGAAGAUUUAUCAGUAUAAAAAAAAGCAAUCCAUUAUUAUAAAAUAUGGUUAAAGGAAAAUAGUUUAUUAUCUGUAUUGGAAUAACUCGGUAGUGUUAUGAACCAUAGACAAUUUUGCAGUGGCUUGCUAUCCAUAGAUAAUAAAAUAUUGAGUAGAAUAAAGUUUAUACUAUGGAAUUGUAAAAAAUUUUUGAAAAUUUAUUUCAAGUGUUCCUUUGUAUGUUCAUUUAACAAAUUAUAUUUAUACAGACAUAUGUCGUAUGUAUGUACUUUGUAUAUACAGCCUUAUGGAGGGCACAGCGAAGUAAUGAUGGGAGGGGGAAAUACAAUAUCAUAUUUAAACGACAUGCAAAUAUACACGUCACUUGUGUAGCGAUUAUUUGUA